UGUUAAAACCUAUUCCCUUUGUUUUUUUUUUUUUUAAUCUUAUAGUUAUAUGUUAACUGUGACAUUGACAAAUAACAUAUCGGCCUAGAUAUGUCUACAAUCAAAACAUUUACAUAAAAAUGGGAACAAAACACCAAAAAUAAUCAAGCCCUCUAACAUAUCCCAUAAGAUGAACAAACCGGUGCACUAGGUUUCAAGAUGCAAUACUAUUCACCGUAUAACGGAUGUCCGAAUAACGAGGCUAACUUUCCUUACAUACCAAUUUCAGCGCCACCAGUGUUCCCACGCUUGCAAAUAGUAGGCGAGGGGGACGUGACCUCGGUGACGCUGCCCGACGGGACUCUCCAACUGUACUUCAUACCCGUCUCGCGGACUACCUGCUUCAACCAGUGGGGCGCCGUUCCAGCACUUCCAGCUUGGUUCAUACGUACUAUUCCUAACCUUUUUGCAGCGCCCCAGCCGUUCGCGUCGAAUUACCCAGACACUACACAAGUCAACAACAUCUUCCUAAAGAAUAAUGCAGUAAACGAAGAAAUAUCUAAACCCCAGCUCCAAUUCCACAGUGACCAAACGACGUCAUCAACCGACUUGCACUGCUUCUGCCAACCGCCACACAUCUUCUGGUACCCGCGGCAAUCUGUCGAAACCCAAGCAGAUCCCGUCGGCUCCUGCGACGCAUGCUGUAGAACGUGCACCUGCUUGCCAAGCAAUCCUGAAACUCUGCAGUCCCGCUGCAGCGAAAUGUCCAUAGACGGCAAAGAUGAAGACAAAUCCACAUGCUCGUGCCAUAAAAAAGUUAAUAAAGUUCGGUUCAGCUCGGACAGUAUAAAAUGUGAUAAGCAUUGUAAAUGUAAGUGCAAUGUGACGCGCUAUACAUCUGAUAAGUCGAAUUAAACCCCGAAAGUGCUACGCCGGUACACCUCGGGCCGUUUAUGCGACAAGUAUACCUCCGUCAAAAUAAUCUAUCCGAUGGGGCAAUAGAAACCAAAUUAUAUAUUAAUAACAGCGGCGUUUAAGUGCGAGCUAGCCCCGUACCGCCCAAUGUACAGUCAGCAGCAGAAGUUGCUAAGCGGGCGAGGUGUUCAAAAUUACCUUGACACGCUCUUAUUCUCUUAACAAUAAAGUCGCUUUCAGAUAAUUUUGAACACCUGGCCCGCUUAGCAACUUCUGCUGCUGACUGUACAUUACGGUAGGGCAGUAUAGUGCAUCCAUCCAUCCCCAUCCAUAUUAUUUUCCAUCGUAUUUUCAGGGAAACGUGCGAACGUGUCUUGCUAUUUCAGUCAGUCUUGGUACAAAAAGUACUAAGCAUGACAAAUACGAACGUUUCCGAGAAAGUACGAUGGAAAACAAUAAUACACUACAUCUGUAAUUCUGUACAUUCAAUGGAAUUUCAACUCAUAAAAGAAACAAAGUAGCACUUCUUUUGUCUCGUAAUAUUUUUGAACAAAUGAAAUUCAAACUAAUUAAAAACACAACUAGAUUCAAACUUCCCUAGGCUUACUUUUGUAUGGUUGGCGGCACCAAGAUAUUUGACGACAACACUGCCGCUUCAAAGGGCAGACGAUUUUGGCUCAGGCAUAGCGAUUAAUGGACGGGACAUUAAAACAACAGAGGAUGUUGAGUGAAUUUAUAUUCUGUUAUUAUACAUAUACUUUAUCCCUUAACAUUAUGUAUUUACAGUGAAAAUAAAAGUACAGUAAUAAAAACAACUUGAGAUUUGUA